CACAAUGCCAGCACGGUGCCACUUGUUCUCGUUACCUGCUGAGCUACUCGAGAAUGUUCUCAUUCGUUGCAGUGCAGAUGGCCACCCACUGUCAGUCGCGGCAGUCGCGCAGACUUGCCGGCAAUUCCGAACCCUCGUGUACCAUGCAGCAGACCGUCAUUUGUGGCGCGCAUUGUUUCUAACAACUUUUGACGACCCAAGGCUGCUUGCACACCUUAAAUCAGAGAUUUAUUGGCAACGCGAUUUCACGGAGAGGAUCUGGGCUGCACGCGUCAUCCAGCGCAGUGCUCGUACGCUCACUGUCUCUACCAAGAAGCGUGCUCUUCGUUCCACCAGCGCUAUGAUGUAUCCCAUCGAUGGAUUCCUCGAGGAGACCGGGAACCCGGAUAAGCAUGCCCGCGUACUAAACGCCCUUCUCACCGUUAUGAGAACGGCGUGUCCAUCCGCUCCACACCAAAUACGACCCAUUUCGGCCGAACCUACUGCUGGGCAGCCUCCAGUUCCAGGAUUGACGCGAGCACACGCCCGAACACCAGUCUACCCACCUCCUGUCCCCUCUCAAGCGUCCUCCCUCAACAUUGCCUGGCUCAAGGACACCCUCUCGCGAGGCCUCCCUUUUUCCAUCACCCAGAUCAUCUCUUACGACACUCUCGCAGUUGAAUGGUACACCAUGCCCGAAGGCCAGGCCCUGUGCCAGCUUACCGCCUAUCUCGACUUCCUCCCCAUCCCUCUUGUUGACCCAGAUAUAGAUGACGCGACGCCGAGCACGUCUUCCCGUCAACGCAAACCACGCAAGUCCCCAGUGCGCAGGAAGGGUCUUAAGACAGCAGAGAUGAUCGACAUGAGCGAGGAGGCACAAAGAGCACGGGCGCGCGAACAUGCCCGGCCGCACGCGUUCGACAUGGGCUAUCUCUCGAGGAGGCGACAUUGGGGCCCUUACCUCGCUGUUCGGCGACAGCGUGGUGGGCCUUCUGAGCCGGUCAUGAGCGACGUCGAAGCCGACUUGGAUGAAGACACAGAUACGGACUAUGAUGCGGACUACGUCCCUCCCGACGACGCGAGCACGUCCUCCGCCACCCCCGAGCCGGCGGCGGCGCCUGCGAUUAGCGCACUGCCAAGUCCGGAGGAGUUGCGUCCGGACUGGACGUGGCUUGCCGCUGCGCGCAUCGUCGCUCAGUGCAAGCUCCGCCAGCACGUGAAUGCCGAGGAUAUCGCGAAGCUCGAGAACUGGAACAACCUCAGGGAGGGCGCGUGGAUACCCGAGCCGCAGCAGCCGAGUGUGGAAGCGGAUGGUACGAGUGAGGAGAAUCCAUUGCAGGCGGAAGCAACUCAAUCUAAGGAGCCCGACGAAGAGUGGAAGCGGUACGAACGGGACUGGGCUGGCGCGGAGGGGGUCUGGAGACGUCUCGUGUGCUGGUUGGAUUAUGACGACCUCUUAUAUCAUAAUUCCUACGGUGCCUUCCUCGACGCAGACCUCGACGAAGCCUGGAUCAUUGUCCCCAUGUCGCUUCGAAUCACCGGCUACUCCGCGCCAUCGCUUCCGCACCUCUAUCCCGACCGGCCGACGAUCCAUGUUGAAGGCGAGAUGGGCGGCGCGGGGUGGGUAGGGAGCGUGGACGUUGGUGACAACGAUAUCCGCCGAGCGUACGGCACGGUCAGCAUGCUCCCCGAUGGGGAAGUGCGUUGGUCAAUUACGUCCAGCGCGCCAGGGUCGAAUGAGGACGAAUGGGCAUCCGAGGCCGUGCAGUUGGGCGGCGUCGGAUCGGCGAUGGGUGCGCUUGGGAUGUGGACGGGGGCGUUCCACGAGGACGGAGACCCUCUAGGUGUAUUGUGGCAGUGGCGCGUUGAGUGAUCAAUCGUCAGGCUCGAUCGCCCCCUUUCGCCCGUCCGUUACAGCCCCAUCUCCACUCUGACAGAGAAAAGAAAUCAUCGAACCAUAUUUCAAGUUGACUCCCGCUCCGCUCCUUAGCGUUCGUCACGACAUUAGCUCCGCGCUCAGCCGUUCAGGCUACGUGCUCACGAUGUCCGACGGGUUGCUUCUCCGUCGUCCAUUACCGUCGAAUAGGCAUAAGAACCUUGCAUUAUCGUUUGAUACGAACCAAAGCUUCACCACUUCACUUAAACCUCC